AUGGAGAAACGUAGUAUUGAAUGUAUGGAAGCUGAGCAAGCUGAAAAUGCUUCUGAGAAUGCGAGCGACAAGAGCCCUUCCUCAUCCUCCUGCAAUGGUAACGAAGGAGCGCCAGCUCCUUCAUCACCAAAGAAGAAGCAAGUUUCAGAGUUUGACGUUGCUUCCAUUUUUUUUGGUCUAGAAACGGACAUGGUGAAGGAGAGGUUUUCCAAGCUACUCCUCGGGGAAGACAUGUCCGGCAGCGGAAAGGGUGUCUCCUCUGCGCUCGCCUUGUCCAACGCGCUCACCAAUCUCGCUGCUUCUGUAUUUGGAGAACAAUCGAAGCUGGAGCCAAUGUCUGAAGAGAGAAAGACGCGGUGGAAGAGAGAAGUGGACUGGCUUGUGUCCGUCACAGAUCACAUCGUCGAAUUCGUUGCUUCUGAGCAGAAAGGGAAAGAUGGAACAAACAUGGAGAUAAUGGUGACACGGCAAAGAAGAGACCUCUUAAUGAACAUCCCUGCUUUGCGCAAGCUUGACACCAUGCUCCUUGAGACACUUGAUAACUUCAAGAAUGAGCAAGAAUAUUGGUACGUCUCAAAAGAUGCUGAGGAGUCUGAGAAAGGGGUUCAGAGAGGAGACAAGUGGUGGCUUCCUACAAUCAAGGUUCCACCAAAUGGCCUCUCACAAGACUCGUGCGUCUUCAUGCAGAAGCAGAAGGAAGCCGUAAUUCAAGUGCUCAAAGCAUCCAUGGCCAUCAAUGCUCAGAUUUUAUCAGACAUGGAUGUCCCUGAAACCUACGUGGAAAAUCUUCCCAAGAAUGGGAAAUCAUGCCUAGGUGAUUCAAUCUACAAAAGCAUAACUGAUGAGGUGUUUGAUCCUCAACAGUUUCUAUCAACCCUGGACUUGUCAUGUGAAAACAAAGUGGUUGAUAUCAAGAACAGAAUUGAGGCAUCAAUUGUGAUAUGGAAGAGAAAAAUGAAUAACAAGGAUAACAAGACUUCAUGGGGUUUCACUGUGAGCACGGAGAAGAGAUGUAUGUUUGAGGAGAGAUUAGAGACAAUCUUGAUCCUAUUGAAGCAUCAGUUUCCCGGCCUUCCUCAAUCGUCACUUGACAUAACCAAAAUCCAGUACAACAAGGAUGCAGGGCUAGCGAUCCUUGAGAGCUAUUCGAGAGUGCUGGAGACCUUGGCCAACACGGUUAUGUCACGUAUAGAUGAUGUUUUGUAUGCUAAUACUAUGGCUAGAGAAUCUGGCACGGGGGCUACGAUGUUGCCAAGGAAGAGCAACGCCAUGAGCUCAGGAGAUGGGCCGGCAGAGAAGAUGAGUUGUGGUAUAACACCAAUUUCAAGGACAAUGACACUCUCAGAUUUCAUGGGGUGGGGAGUUGAGCCUGAAAAAUGUAGUUUUGAUGUUUGAGGAUGGAAAACUUUGUUGCUCAUCUUCAUGUGCAUGAGAUGAAGCAUAUGAUAAAAGAUAAGGAGAUGUUGAUUACCUGAAAAAAUGGUUUCUGUAUUCAAGAUUGUUAUGAUUGCAAAAAUGUCUCAUACUACUUAAGGU